GUUGGGAUUUAUGGGAGUGAAAUUUAAGGUUUUAAAUGAAGGAAUAAAGUUGGGGAGAUAAUUCUUUCGAUAAUUUUCUGUUUUUUUUUUAAAUUUCCCAUUCUUCCCUUUCCAUGAAUAUUUGGAUGAUGCGGGAAAGUCCCUGCAAGUUGUGAGGAGAUUCGACAAUAUUAAAUUAUUUUUUUGAUAAAUUUCCUAAAAUUAUUUUUUAUUAAAAGAAAUAUUUUUUAAAGGGAAAAAUAAUUUAAAUAAACAACAAAAAAACAAAUGCCAAGUACAGCAAUCCAAAAAUUAUUAUUAACAAUUUCUAUAUUUUUAAUCGUUGCUGGACUUGCAUUAACAAUUGCUGGAUUAGUAUCUCCAGCUUGGCAAGUUGUUGAUAUUCGGGAAUUUAGAGCAGAACAUCAACACGGGCUUUGGUGGGAUUGUAUUAGAGCUGAAAAGCAUGUUGUGGCUGUUGGCGAUUUUUAUGAUGAAGCUCCUCUUCACUGCAUGUACAAAUUUGACGAAUCAGCCGCUCUCGUUAUUGAAAAUACUCUUAAUCGAAUUGACGAAGACGGGGCAGCUGGAGAAGCAGAACACCAUCGUUUUUGGGGAUGGCAAAAAGUUGUCUUAACUUUAAUUUUACUUUCUCAAUUAUCUGCUUUUGUUGCUAUAUGUACAGGUGUUUGUGCACCUUGUUUCCCUCCAUCAACUUUUUGUUUUACAAUUUCACUUUUUAUUGCCAUGUUACUUUCAAUGUUGUCUGAUGGAGUUUUCUUUUUUUCUGCAAAUCGAGUUGAUAUUCGUUUUGUUACUGGUAAAUUAAUUAAUUAUUUUUUAUGA